AUGACCACACCCUCCACUUUAACCUCAGAAUCUAAGCCAGUUUUUUCAGCGGAUCAAAUAUCAGUAAUCUUUGUUCUAGGUGGACCUGGUGCAGGAAAAGGUACACAAUGUGCUAAAUUAGUGGAAGAUUAUGGGUUUGUACACUUAUCUGCUGGUGAUUUAUUACGUGCAGAACAAGCUCGUGAAGGGUCUGAAUACGGCACUUUAAUUAAACACUAUAUUAAAGAAGGUUUAAUUGUUCCACAAGAAAUUACUUUAGCAUUGUUGAAGAAUGCCAUUCAAGAACAUUAUAAUAAUAAAGGUGCAAAGAAUUUCUUAAUUGAUGGUUUCCCAAGAAAAAUGGAUCAAGCUAUUUCCUUUGAAGAGCAAAUAGCUCCAAGUAAAUUUACAUUGUUUUUCGAUUGUCCAGAAAAUGUUAUGUUAGAAAGAUUGUUGGAACGUGGUAAGACUAGUGGCAGGGUCGAUGAUAAUAUUGAAUCCAUUAAGAAAAGAUUCAAGACCUUUGUAGAGACAAGUAUGCCAGUUGUUAACUAUUUUGAUAAGCAGUCCAAAGUUGUUAAGAUUCGUUGUGAUGAACCUGUUGAAAAAGUCUAUAACCAAGUAAAGGCUGCAGUAGACGAAAGAGUUCCUAAGAUUUAA